AUGCAAAAGGUAUAUAGAAGGAACAGUGGAUAUUCAUCGGGUUCUGGUUCAGAACAAAACGAUUUUCUUUCCUAACCAUAGCAAUAAUAAAUUUUUCAAACAAGUCAAGGCAAUUGGCAGAUUGAAUAAGAGAUAGUAAAAUCACUUUUGAGUGAAUAAUAAGGAAUGCAAUUAGAAGAGAAAGUGGAAGAACAAACUGUUAUAACAAUUGAUUAGGAAAUUACUGAUCCAGAUGCUCUCCAGGUUGAAUUAUUGAAUAGUGUUCAUUUAAAUGUUCUCCCUCGUUAGAAAGCAAUACAAGUCCAAGAAUACUCGCAAAUCUUACCAGUUGUUUUGUAGAUAUAAUCCUUGAAAUCACAAUUGAAGAAAUAAAGAGCCAAUAUUGAUUUGAUGUGUGUUGUCGAUGUAAGUGGAUCUAUGAACGGAGAGAAGAUUAAAUUAGUACAGAACUCUUUGAGAUACAUCUAAAAGAUAUUGAAGCCAACCGAUAGAUUAGCAUUGGUGACCUUUGGUACUUAAGCAGGCAUAAAUUUAUAAUGGACAAGAAAUAUUGCAGAAAAUAAAAAGAAAAUAAAGAAAGCAAUAAAAGAUAUUAAAAUUAGAGAUUCAACUAAUAUAGCAUCAGGUGUUGCAUUGGGUUUGAGAAUGAUUAGAGAUAGGAAGUUCAAGAAUCCAGUUACAAGUAUGUUUGUGUUAAGUGAUGGUGUUGAUGAUGAUAGAGGUGCUGAUUUGAGAUGUUAAUAAGCUUUGCAUCAAUAUAACAUCUAAGAUACUUUGACGAUAAACACUUUUGGUUAUGGUUCAGAUCAUGAUGCUAAGGUGAUGAAUAACAUUGCAAAUUUGAAAGGAGGAUAGUUUGUGUAUAUUGAUCAAAUCUAAAGAGUCUCUGAACAUUUCAUAUUGGCUAUGAGUGGUAUGUUAUCAGUCAAAGCCAAGAAUGUUAUAUUGACAGUCAAAUAAUUAAAUAAUGAGUUCAAAUUAUCUAAAAUAUUUGGAGAUGAUUUUCUGUGGAACAAAAUUAGUGAAACUGAAUUUCAACUGACUUUGAAUUACUUAGUGGAUGAGGACAAAAAGGAGUUUGCCUUGGAAAUCGAAAUCCCAGGUUUCAAACAACAAGAACUCGUUUUGGAGAACAUCAUGUAAAUUGAUCUAUAAGGGGUGUUUAUUGGAUUGAAUACUGCUUUUAAGAAGUCAUCUAAUUUAGAAUUAGAAUUCUCCAAGACAGAAGUAUAGUAUUAACCAGUGGAAUUGGUGGAAGUUAAUUAUUUAAGAGCCAAGGCUGGUGAUAGAAUAGGUUAAGCAAAGGAAUUAGCUAAUAGCAAGAAAUAUGAUUAGUCAAUUUAAUUACUGAAUUAAAUGAUUGAUGAAAUUGAAAAUUCCUUAUUCAAAGAUAGUAAACAAUUAGUUGUUGUUUUGAAAGAUUUGAAUGAUAUCAAGUAGGUUUGUAAGCCACAGACAUAUGAGAGGGAUGGUGAAGCCAUGAUGUUACACAAAUAGAAGAAUCAUAUUUAAAGAUAGAGAUCUAUAAAUAAUUCCGAGGAGUGGUGUGAGGAUGAGGAAGAAUAAAUGAAUCAAUUUAAAAAUGGAAAUUUAAAUUUGAGUUAAAGCUAUAGUGGUGGUAGCUGCAAAAGUAUUGGAAAUGUGAAAAAUGUUGUGAUGAAACUUGAUAGUCAAUCUGAUGGUAGUUAUAGUGCACGAAACAUUGACCCAAAUGAAGAUGAGGAUGAAUUAGAAAUCAAGUAAAGCCCAAAAAUUUUAAAGAUAAGAGGGUCAAGAAGAGCAAGCCCCGUUAUUCGUAAAUAGAGAGACUCAAGAGGAUCUUCAGUUGAAUGA